GGUUUCCGUUGUCAAGGACGCGGCGUUGGUUGUUGUCAAGAUGGCGGCUGCAGGGUUGCUGCCGCCCCAUCUGCUAUUGCCCGGCGAGGUCGCCGCUGCCUCAGCUGCCAUCGCCACUACAGGCACCAGUGCCGCUGCGCGGGAGCUAGGGCUGUCGAGGCCAACCCUUCCGCGCCCGUGACGCGGGGCCUGAGAGACGGAGUGUAGGGAGGGGCCGAGCAGGAGGAGGAGGAAGCCAGAGCUGCCAUGAGGGAGGUGCUGGGGGCGAGCAGAGAGGCGGCGCUGAAGUGAAGGAUGCUGGCGGGGAGGCCCGGAACCCGGAGCGCGGUCGGGGAACUGGGCACUGAAUCAUCGGACAACCUCGACAGAGCCCCCCUCGGCCCUCGGGAGAGCGGCGGGCAUCACCGACCUGGCGCUUACCUAGAUAUGAAAAUCCAUCUGGAGAAAAAUUUAGAAGAAGAGCGCCAGAUAUUACUGCAGCAACAAAAAAUAUGUCGAAAUCGAGCGCGUAAAUAUUUUGUGGAGUCAAAUCGGAGAAAAAAAGCUUUUGAGGAGAAACGAAAAGAACAGGAAGAAAAAGAACACCAAAUUAGAGAACAAAUACUUCAACAAAGAAAACAGAAGUUUGAAGAAGUUACUGAAAAAUUCCAGCGUGCCCAUGUUCCUCUUUCACAGCGGAGGAAAGCAGUUUCCCGAAAACCAGUUCCUCCAUUAGAAGAGGCCCUCAAACAAAUUCAGGAAUCCAACUUAAAAUCAGAAGUAAACCUUCCCUUUUCCCGUAGACCAACAAUAAACUGGAGAGCUAUAGAUUCUGCCUUGCCUUCCGCAUUAUCAAAAAAUGAUCACAAGCAUCAGAAACAACUCUUAUCCAAAAUCAGUUGUGAGAAAGAAAUGAAUGAAAACAUGAGGGCAACCUUGGCUACUAGCAAAAAUGUGUUCCAGCUUAAACUGGAGGAAACUCAGAAACUCCUCGAAGAUCAACAUCUAAGCAAUUUGCAAAAAUUUUGUGAUGAAGUUAAUCAGAUAACCAAUUCUGAAACCCUCUCAAGUAUAGACAGUCUUGAGGCUACAGAGCAUGAAGAAAUAUAUUUAACACUUAAUAAGGAGCAUUCCACAUCCAUCCAGCAGAAUACCAUUUCCCUCAAACCAGCAAAUAUGCAAUCAACUAAUCUCAGCUGCUUUGAUGAAGAUAAACUGGCAUUCUCUAAAACUCAACAUAUAAAUAAUUGGCUUACAAAUUUAGAUGCUUCAAAUACUCAGAAUGUCACAGCUUUCUCAGAUAUUUUAAGUAAAUCUAAUGUUCUGCCUUCAUGGGAAUGUUUUAAUAGUAAAGAACAAAAUCCAUCUCCUUUGAAUGGAACAGUGGAAAGAGCCACAAAUACUGCUAAUAAUUCAGUACCCUUUGUAUCUAGCCCACCCAUGUUUGUACUAGAUAAAAAAUGUGAAAAGCCCUCUGAAACUAGCACUAUGAGGACAACUGACUCCACUUCUGGAGCAUUCAAAAGAGAGAGACCGUUAGUUACUGAGAGCCCAACAUUUAAAUUUAGCAAAUCCCAAAGCACUUCAGAUUCUCUAACCCAGGAAGUGGCUACAUUUCCAGACCAAGAGAAAUAUUCGGAAUUAAAUCAAGAAAAUGGAACUACUUCAAUUCCUACUUCAUGUGUACCAGUGGCAAUGCCUUUAGUUUUGCCAUCUAAUAUACAGUCAGCUAGACCUUCAGCAAAGAACAGUAUACACAUAAAAGAAAUUGAUGCAGUGCAGUGUUCUGAUAAGUUAGAUGAAUUGAAAGAUGGUAAAGAAGAAGAGAUAAAAUAUUUUAAUUGCAAUAAGGAAGAGUUGCCUUUAUUUUCAGACAGUUUUCAAGAUGCCUAUAUACCUCACAAUCCUGAUUCAAAAGAUGAAAAACAAAAAUUAGCUGAAACAUCAUCCUUGUCUAAUGUAACUUCUAAUUAUGACUUUGUUGGCCAGCAUAAGAAAAUGAAAUACGACAUCCAUGAGAGAAAUGGUGUGAGAUUUCUUAAAAGUAUUUUAAAGAAAGAAUCUAAAUAUGAACAUGGUUAUCUUAAGGCAUUAAUUAUAAAUCAGAGCUUUAAGUUUGGAAAUCAAAAAGCAGCAGCUAUCAGAGAUAGUAUUGAAUUAACAAAGGAAAAAGGUGCAGAAAUUCCAAAGACACUUAAAAAACUGAGGUGGUUUGAUGAAACUAGCAAUAUAGAAAACAAUGCUGAAAACAGUCAUUCACUGAAGAAUAAAACAGGAACAACUCAACAGCAUUCUCGACAAUUCCACAUUCAAAGUGGUGCUGGAAGCAACAUAAUUAGUGUUUCUACUUGUGCUGUAAAUUCUGCUGAUACAAAGAAGUCCAGGGAGGAUUCUAUCUCUGAAAAUGUUACGACUUUAGGAGGAUCUGGAGCAGACCAUAUGCCUUUGAACUGUUUUAUACCUUCAGGUUAUAACUUUGCUAAACAUGCCUGGGCAGCCUCAAAAAAAGAAGAAAGUAAAAUCCCUGUACAUGAUGAUUCUAAAACUAAGCAAGGUAAGCCACAAAGAGGUAGAGCAAAAAUAAUUAGAAAACCAGGAUCUGCAAAAGUCCAAUCAGGCUUUAUAUGUACAAACAGAAAAGGCGCUGUCAUUCAACCACAGUCUGCAAGCAAAGUCAACAUAUUUACACAAGCUCAGGGAAAAUUAAUUAUACCUCGUCCUCCUCCUCAAUCUACAUCAAAUAUUAGAAGUGGUAAAAAUAUACAAGUGUCUCAGUGUCAACCAGUAACUCCUGAAAAUCCUCAAAACAUUAUUACACAUAACUCUUUUAAUUCAAAACAUGUGCUUCCAACAGAACACAGUUUGAAUCAGUGGAAUCGGGAAAGUAGUUCUCCACUCUCAAAUGCUUGUUCUGACCUAGUCACUGUGAUACCAUCACUGCCAUCAUAUUGUUCUUCAGAGUGCCAAACUUUCGCAAAAAUAAAUCAUUCAAAUGGCACUCAAGCAGUUGCCCGGCAAGAUGCGACAUUAUAUUGCACCCAAAGAAGUCCUGUUUGUGAAGAAAGUUAUCCGUCUGUGACUCUAAGAACUGCUGAAGAAGAAUCAGUUCCCUUAUGGAAAAGAGGGCCUAAUGUCCUGCAUCAAAAUAAGAGGGCUACAGGGUCUACUGUUAUGAGAAGAAAACGAAUUGUUGAAACUAAGCGGAGAAAUAUUUUAGAGCAGAAAAGACAAAACCCUGGAUCUGUAGGACAGAAGUACAGUGAGCAAAUUAAUAAUUUUGGACAAAGUGUCCUGCUAAGUUCAAGUGAGCCAAAACAAACUACAAGGGGUACUUCUUAUAUUGAAGAAGAUAUUGUUGAAAAUAUCAAAAAGACCUGAAGAUACCCCUGUGGGUAGCAGUGAUAAGAAAAAGAGGAAACAUUUCUGUUUAUCAAUAGCCCAGAAAGUCAAACUUGGAGAAACUACACCAGCAACAUAAGUGUAAAAUGUCAUAUAGAAAAGGAUGGUGUUGGAAUGACCACAAUAUAUGACCUGAAGAAACAGAAGGAUAAACUGUUGAAGUUCUGCUUUGGAAGAGAUGAACAGAAGUUAAUGCAAAACAUAUAAACACUGCAUAGGAUUUCACCCAUGAAGUCGAAGAGUGGAUCCAUCAGCGUCGCAUGAGCACAUGCCACUUAAUGGUAUGCUGAUCAUGAAACAAGCAAAGAUCUAUCAUGAUGAACUAAAAAUUGAAGAGAACUAUGAAUAUUCAACAGGCUGGUUAUAGAAAUUUAAGACACAGCAUUAUUUUUAAAGAUUUGUGGUGAUCAAGCGUCUGCUGAUUACAAAGCAGCAGAGAAAUUCAUUGAAGAGUUUGCCAAGGUCAUCGCUGAUGAAAAUCUGACACCAGAACAAGUAUAUGUUGCUGAUGAACAUCACUGUUUUGGUGUUGUUACUCAAAAAAACAUUGACUAUAGCUGAUGAGACAGCCCCUACAAGAAUUAAGAAUAACAGAAUAACUGCUGGGAUGUGCUAAUGACUCAGUCACGCCCAAGUGUAAAUUUGCUAUGAUAGGCAAAAGCUUGUGUCCUCACUGAUUUCAAGGAGUGAAUUUCUUACCAGUCCAUUAAUGUGCUAACAAAAGGACAUGGAUCACCAGGGACAUCUUUUCUGAUUGGUUUCACAAACAUUUUAUAUCAGGGAAGCUGGAUUGAAUGAUGACUCCAAGAUUUUGUUAUUCUUUGACAACUGUUCUUUUCAUCCUCCAGCUGAAAUUCUCAUCAAAAAUAAUGUUUAUGCCACGUGCUUUCCCCCAAAUAUUACUUCAUUAAUUCAGCUGUGUGACCAGAGUAUCCUUAGGUAGAUGAAGAGUAAAUAUAUAUAAACACUUUCUUGAACAGCAUGCCAGCAACAGUGAACAGAGGUGUGGAUGUAGAAGGUUUUCAAAACGAGUUUAGCAUGAAAGAUGGCAUACAUGCUGUUGCAAACACUUGGAACACAGGGACUAAAGACACAAUUGUGCAUUCCUGGCACAGCCUCUGGCCUGCAACUAUGUUCAGUGAUGAUGAACAAGGUAGUGACUGAAGGAUUCUGUAUGUCAAGUGAGAAAAAAUUAUGUCUGACCUCAUUACGUAAGCAAAAAAUAUACCUUCAGAGUCUAUCAGUAAGCUGGAAGAAGUGGAUAUCAAAGUGGUUAUUAACAUCGAUAAUAAGACUCCAGGUGUUUUCACUGACCAAUGAUGAAAUAGCCAAAAGAGCUCUGAAUUAAGAUGAUUGUGAUAAAAGUGAUGAUAAUGGCAUUGUUAACACUGAAAAAGAAAAAGGUGCCAAUUGACAAUAUGAUGAAAAUGUGUGAUGGGUUUAUUGAACGACUAGAGCAGCGUACACUCAUAACAACAAGAAAUUAUGUCAGUUUAUAAAAUCAAAGAGAGGCUUAUAAGACAAAAAAAAAACAUUGUAAAUGAGGCAAAAGUCUCUGGAAGAAACAUUUUUUAAGGUCAUCUAGCAGAAUAUUUCCUCAUCCCUAGAGGACCCACUUCCUUGUGCCUCAGCUGCUUCUGAUGUUUCUUCUCACCUAAAAAAAUAAAAUACAGUGUACAGUAACCAUUUGGUCAAAAUGUAACAUAAUACGUAAGAUUGGAAGCCUGCCAUUGUUCCUUGUUGCUGUUGUUGAACAGCCGACACAGGUAUUCUGGUGAUGUUACUGUGGUGCUUAGUUGCCCUGAACACAUUAUUUUCUGACAGUAUGAAGAAUACAUCUUAUUUUUUACUGUUAAGUACUUACAUGUGAAUAGGUGUAAGAACAUUAUUGCUUUUCAGUAGAUAUAAAUUUGGAGUCAGGAAUAACAGUGAUGCCAAACAACCACAGAUAAUCCACAUAGGUUGCUGAUACAGUGAUAUCUUUGCUUUCUGAUGGUUCAAUAUACACCAACUUCAUUUCAUGGACAAAAUUAUUUAAAAUAUCAUAUUAAAUUACCUUCAGGUAUGUGUAUAAGGUAUAUAUGAAACAUAAAUGAGUUUCUUUUUUUUUUUUUUAAGCAGAGUCUCACUCUGUCACCUAGGCUGAAGUGCAAUGGUGCAAUCUUGGUUCAUUGCAACCUCCGCCUCUCAAGUUCAAGCAAUUCUCCUGCAUCAGCCUCCCAAGUAGCUGGGAUGACAGGCGUAUGCCACCAUACCUGGGUAAUUUUUGUAUUUUUAGUUGAGACGAGGCUUCACCAUGUUGGCCAGGCUGGUCUUGAACUCCUGACCUCAGGUGAUCCACCCACUUCGGCCUCCCAAAAUGCUGGGAUUACAGGCAUGAGCCACCGCAUCCAGCUGAGUUUCAUGUUUAAACCUAGGUCUCAUCACCAACAUAUCUCAUGUGUAUGCAAAUAUCCAAAAUUCUAAAAAAAUCCAAAACCUGAAACACAUCUAGUCCCAAGCAUUUUGGAUAAGGAAUACUUAACAUUUACAGUAAUGAACAAAAUAUACAAAAGUAUUGCUCUUCAGAAGUGUAAAGUCUAUUAGGGAAGACUGGCUUUAAAUAAACAUGUUUUAGUCUUUU